AUGGAAUCAGUAUUGAAUAAACAGAUUGGUUACUUGAGUCCACAUUACUACCACUGGGUCACUGCUACCAUACAGGAUGAGCUAGAACUGGACGAGCUCUGUUCCAGUAUGCCACAGCCUGAGACUGAGGGAGAAGAUCUGGCGGAACAGCUGACAGAGCUCCAGUCCAUGAUGUUGGAACUAAAGGAUGGGUUUGUUCACGCCAUGGAGGAACUCUCCAAGAUACAGAAUGGAGACACCGCUGUACAAGAGCGCUACGAGGCGUCCAAGGUGGAGCAGGAGAAACAGCUGCAGGACAUUAAGGAUAUGGUGAACUCACUAAAGGACCAGUUCCAGUCAGUAUCCAGCCAGGUGAUCACAGCUAAUGAGAACCAGACUCACCUGAGACAUCAGGUAGACAGACUCCAGCAGGAGAGAGAGGUGCUGCUGCAGGAGUUAGAGAGAUCUGGAGCCAUAUCUAACCAACUCAGGCAGAAGUUUGGUAAUGGACUCCAUUCUAGCGAUGCCAAUCAUGUGACCAGCGACCAUGACAGUGGGGUCGCCACAACGUACCGUCCAGACGUGUCUUCUCAUGGAGACGCAACGCCCCCUAUGAUCUCCCCCAUGGUCCGCCCCUUUAUAGCAGGCCUUCAGAAUGCUAACCGUCCUGAAGACAAUUUUGAAGAGAAUUACGACUCAGAUUCAUCUCUGAUUGAGGCAGCCAAUAAGAGUUUGAAUCUCAGCCGUUCACUGGGUCAGAAGUGCCUGGAUGUUGACCCGUCCAACUCUAGUGACGGCAGUGAUAACGAGAAAGAAAAUGUUUCUUCUGCACAGGGUUUUUCGUCACCAAUGAACAGACACAAAAGUUCAUUUUCACCAAAGAAACUUCCACCUCAUGAAUUAUCAAUUAGAGAAACUCAGCGUUCCCGGGUUGCCAGGGAGCUGUUGGAGACGGAGAGGAAGUACUGUAGCAGCCUCUGGACCAUCGUGGACACCUACUGCCAGCCAAUCAAACAGUCCGGCUGUACUGGGGCCAAGGACAUAAGGUUGGUGAAAUAUAUAGAUUUCUGUACUAGAAAUUUCCAACAGUCUGUCUGUACUGGAGCCAAAGACAUAGGGAUG